AUGACCUCCAAAGAGGAAUUAAGUGCACUUGCAAUAAGCAGCAGCAGGUUCAGAGGCUCGGAGAUCCAGCAUAAGCGUGAGCCAGGUGUUCAACAACCAGUCCGUCAUCCAACGAAGCGAUUCAAUUCUGGCAGAACACAUCCUUAUCAGCAACGGCCAAGUGCCAGCCGUCGUUAUAGAUGUUCAAGAUGCUUCAGACCAUCACAUGGAGGAAGAGAAUGCCCAGCUAUGAGGAAAAAUUGUAAUGCAUGUGGUCAACGUGGCCAUUUCGCAGCAGCUUGUCGUGCAGAAUCAGUAAGCAUGGUAAAGGAUGGGAACGGAGCGAUUCCUAAGGACGAAAAUCAUGGAGAACAGCAUAUCAAUGCUUUGUCCCUUCAGGAUGUGCUUGUAGAUUGUCGCAUUGGUCAGUCCAGUCCUAUUAAAUUCCUAAUCGAUUCUGGUGCAGACGUAAACGUCAUUGGUGGCGCAGAUUGGGAUAGGCUGGAAAAGCAGUUUGAGUCGGGGAUGGCUUUCUUUACACAUAAUACAACUCCGCAUAAUACUUCUAUUCGAGCAUACGCUGCGAAUAAGCCAAUGCAUGUAACAUGUAGCUUCAGGGCUACAGUAGAGGUGAUCGGGUUCGAUAAACCAGUAGUUGCAGCUGAGUUUCUGGUCGUAGAGGAAGGAAGAAGGUCACUUUUGGGAAGAGCAACGGCUAGCGACAUGUGUUUGCUGAAAGUAGGCGAAAUGGUCAAUGCUUGUGAAGAAUCCUCAAUAUUUCCGAGAAUGCCUGAUGUGAAAAUCAAAUUUAGUGUUGAUUGUUCCGUUCCACCGGUACGCAAUGCGUACUACAACAUUCCUGCUGCUUACCGAGAGGGAGCACGUCGGCGACUAGAUCAGAUGGAAGCAAGAGGUAUAAUCGAAAAAGUCACUACAGCGCCGCAGUGGAUCAGCGGCAUGUCGGCGGUACCGAAAGGUAAAGAUGACUUCCGCUUGGUGGUAAACAUGAGAGCACCUAACAAAGCCAUCAAGCGGGAGUAUUUUCGGUUACCACUUAUCGACGAAAUGAAGGUCAAGCUGAAUGGUGCAAAGUUUUUCACAAAACUGGAUCUUUCUGACGCGUUCUAUCACCUCGAAUUAUGUGAAGAGUCGGAGACAGGAAUGUAUCGCUUUACACGCUUGAUGUUCGGUGUCAACUGCGCGCCGGAAGUAUUCCAGCGCGAAAUGACACGUAUUCUUAAAGACAUAGAAAAUAAAAUCGUAUAUAUUGAUGAUAUCCUUCUCUUUGCUGAAUCUAUUGAAAAGCUUAGAGCAACGGUCGCUCAAGUGUUGCAAAUUUUGAGGUCUAAUAAUCUUACCCUAAAUAGUUCAAAAUGUGAAUACGAUCGAACUAGAGUUAACUUUUUGGGGCACUAA